AUGGUGGCUGUAAAUAAGGAACUCUUAUUAGAUCAUGUGUUAGCUUCACAAAUUUCGGAUGCGCCAUUUAUAGACAAACGAGCGCUCGAAAACAAGGGUGCUUGUAAACGGAAGGAAGAGCAGCAAGUGCAGCACAAUCAACCGCAACCGCCAAAAAAGCCUCGUUUAGUGUUUACAGACAUUCAGAGGAGGACUUUGCAGGCGAUAUUCAAAGAGACGAAGAGGCCAUCGCGAGAGAUGCAACUGACAAUCAGUCAACAACUCGGACUAGAUCCAACCACG